UGCUGGAGAUCAGAGCUGAAGGAAAGCCUUCGGCGGUUCCCAACAUGGAGAGGAAACGACGGAGAAUCGAUGUCUGUCACAAUGGCUUUGGGCAGCCACUGAGUAAAAUGGCUCGGGAAUCUCCGAGAGGGAACCCAGCUCCGCUCCGAGGUGGACACCCCAGGGAUGGUGCGCUAGAUUACCGCUCGUUCUUCAGUGACCUGGCGGACAGCGAGCGGCAGAUGACUGUGGUCUCCUUCCUCCUGAGACACGGGGAGACAUUGGCGGAGGUGCUGGACGGGAUGGAGCUGGGAGACCAGGAGGUCCGGUUGGUGGUGAGGACCCUGACGAUGGCUGCGGAGAUGGCCAGCAGCCAGGAGGAAACCCGCUCCGUCCUGCAUCCUGCUGUCCGCUCUGCGUUCCUGCUGAAGAGCUUGCUCCAGUCCAUCGCUUGGCUGGAUGGCUGUGGUGGGGAGGAGGUGGACCACCUGCUAGGCUUCCUCCGGCACCUCAGCCUGGCCUUUCCCGAGAGUAUCAGGAGUCGGAUCUCGGUGCCGGCCGACCUGCUCCGUUCCCGGCUCCGGCGCCUCCAGGGCCCGGGCUCCGAGCUCUCCUGGCCCAGGAAGAAGCAGCUGCAGGACCUGGAGCAUUUGGUCAAUGAGGCCUUCCCAGGAGGGGGCGCCGAGGGGCAAGGCCUCUUCAGCCAGCAGGAACAGCCCGGAGAUUUCCGUCAGCUGUCCGUCUUCCCCAGCUCCCAAGAUGUGGCGGGUGCCGGGGUGCCCACUCCGCUAUCUCCCAACAAAGUGGAGGGGCCCUACCUGAGCGCCCAGGCCUACCUGGACACUCAGUUCCGCCUCCUGCAGGAAGACUUUGUCAAGCCGCUGAGGGAAGACCUGGCGGCCUAUCUGGCCCCGAGAAGCCGGUUCCUGCAGCCCUCCCCCGGCCUCCGGGUCUACAGCAACGUCCAGGUCCUGCACCCGGUCUGCCUGUGGGAAGGGGUCAUGUACAAGGCCCGCUUCGAGCAGCCCCGUCGUGCGGGCCGGCCAGCUCCCAAGCGGCUGCAGAAGGGCUCCCUGGUUUGCCUGCUGGCCCCUGAUUGCCGGGAGAUCUUCUUCGCUUCGGUCGCCAAGUCCGACGCCAAGUGCCUGGGCCAGGGGCUGCUCUACCUCAGGUUCUCCAUCAACCACGCCGAGUUGGCCAAAGUGGUCUACGGGCACCGCUUCACCAUGGUGGAGUCGCGGGCGUUCUUCGAAGCUUACCGCCACGUGCUGCUCACGCUGCAGGCCAUCGAUGGCAACCAGCUGCCUUUCCAGAGGUACAUCGUCAAGUGUAAACCCUCGGUCCGACCACCCGCCUACCUCCGGCAACGCGGCCUCGCCCUCGAUCUGCUGCCCCUGCUCAGAAACCUCAGGGCUGGGCUCGACGCUGAGAUGGAGAGUGAAGUGGAAGGGGAGACCUCUCCAUUGAUAGAGCCAGUAUUGGAACAAGGCCAUACCGCAGAGGGAUAUCCCAGUCUGAGAGUGGAACAGGAGCUGGAGACCGAGGAUUCAAUUGAUCUGUCUGAGGAGACUGGUAGCCCAGAGGAUCCCGCAAUGGAGGACGCAGAACAGGAGCUGAGCCCACUGGAGGAGAGUGACAGAAAGAUGGAGGAGGUGGAGGACCACCAUCCAAUGGCAGAGGGAAGCUCUGGUCCUGCUGAACAAUUUAUCAGCAUCAGAUGCCAGGAGCUCCAGUCAGUGGAGGAGAGGCCUGGCCCAGUGCUGGGGAAAGUCACCUUCACAGAAAGGAGCAGCAGCUCAGCACUGGACCAACACAGCGGCACCCCAACCGGGCGAGGUGGGAGCCCGACCAGGCCUGGCAAUACCCCAACCGGGCGAGGUGACAACUUCACAAAGAAGCACACCUACAAAGUCGAUCCAUUCCAGCAAGAUUUCCGGUCUCUGCGAUGGCUGAAGCAUUUUGACAGGUCUCAGCUGAAGGCUCUUCAGAAGGCCCUGAAGCGGGAGUUUGCACUAAUCCAGGGUCCUCCUGGGACAGGGAAGACCUUCCUGGGGUUAAAGCUGGUGGAGUUGCUGCUGCAUAAUCGGAAGCUCUGGCAGAAGACAGUGGGGAGCCCAAGCCCCAUUCUGAUUGUCUGCAGCACCAAGCACAUAUUGGAGCAGUUCGUGGAAGGGAUGCUGGAGUUUAAAUCCACAGGGAUUGUGCGCAUCGGAGGACUCUGCAAAAACAAGAAGCUUCAAAUGUUUUCCCUGGAAGCCAUUCGCAAGACCACACUACAAAAGAUCCUGACUCCAACACAAAGGCGCAGAUUCAAAGAGCUCAAAGAGAAAAUUGAAUCCAUCAAGGAAGAUAUCUUCUGGGAUCAUUUUUGCAACUUCAUUGUUGUUCAUCUCUCUCAGGCCCCACUGGAGGAGUUGUUCAUCUUGAAGUGGUUGAAUAUUCCCCCUUGCCUCUGGUCAAAGAAUGGGACUGAAAGGAGGAUAUAUCACAGGGAGCGAGAGACAGAACCCAUCAGAUAUUUCUGCCCCUGUCCGAAAGCGACAUCACCUUCAACUGAGUUUAACUCCAGAAAUAGAUUAUUUGAGGAGGAUGAUGAGGAGAUGGACUGGGAUCUGGAUGGGAGUGACCCCCCUGACCCACCGUGUAGCGCUGACCAGUGGGCAGGAGAGAAGUUUGCAUACACUCCCGAUGUUGACAUAAGUGAUCCAGAUGCAAGAGCAAUUCAGAAAAAUUUGGGAUAUCAAAGCAUCAUGGAGGAGGAGGAAGUUUGGAACAUCAAGGAUGUCUGGGAGCUAGACCUUAAUGAUCGGUGGCGUUUAUACAGGAAAUGGAGAAUGGCCUACCAGGAGAAGCUCCAAGCCUCCAUCAAUAAACACGUCAACUUGUACGAAGAGAAGACACAGGAACUGUCUGAGCUGAUGGUGGAGGAGGAUGCAAUGCUGCUGAAAACUGCUGACGUGAUUUCCAUGACAACCACAGGAGCUGCCAAGUACCGGGCCCUGCUGCAGAAGGUUGAACCCCGGAUUGUCCUGGUUGAAGGCGCGGCUGAGGUGUUGGAGGCUCAUGUGGUGACCGCGCUGACUCCAUCUUGUCAACACCUCAUCAUGAUCGGUGAUUACAAGCAGCUUAGGCCGAAGUUAACAGAUCACACUGUGGCCUCUCAGUACCAUCUGGACGUGUCACUGUUUGAGCGAAUGAUCAAAAACAAGAUUCCGUACGUGAGGCUGAGUCAGCAGCAUCGAAUGAGACCCGAAAUCUCCCAGUUACUGGUCCCAACUUUCUACCCCAAACUCGAAGACCACAGCUCGGUGUCAGUCUAUGAAGAUAUCAAGGGCCUGAUGACAAAUAUCUUCUUCAUUGAGCACCAGGUGGACGAGGACAAGAGCACCCAGGCCGGAGGCUACAGCAAUGAACAUGAGGCGCAGUUCCUGGUGGGGCUAUGCCAUUACCUGCUGCAGCAGGGGUACAGGGAGGAGCAGCUGACGAUCCUGACCCCUUACACAGCCCAGAUGUGGAGGAUCCGCAAUCUGGUCCGGGAGCAUGACAUGGCCUCCGUCUCUGUCAAGGCCAUCGAUGACUUCCAGGGUGGAGAGAGCGACAUUGUCCUUCUGUCGCUGGUGCGUAGUAACUGGGAGGAGGGUCCUGAUCUCCCGGGGAACAAGAACCACCUGUGCGUGGCCCUCUCCAGAGCCAGGAUGGGCUUCUACUGCACGGGCCACUUCCAGAGGCUGCAGCAGGGCCCUGACAGAAAGCUCUGGGAAUCGCUCCUGCGGCCGCUGAAGGACAAGGGCCUGACGGGGAAAGGUCUGCCUGCUCCCUGCCCCAACCACCCAGAGCGACGCGUCAUCGUGGAGACCCCAGAGGGUUUCUGGCGCUUCCCUGGCUGGACGUGCAGCGGUCCCUGCGGUGCCCGUCUGGACUGUGGCCAUUACUGCCGCCGGCGCUGCCACUCUCACCGGCCGGGCCAGCGAGGGAGCCGCUGUAAGGAGCUCUGCGGCCGAGUGCUCUGCCAGAGCGGGCACCGCUGCCCCAAGCGCUGCUGGGAGCAGUGCGGGCCCUGCCAGGAGAUGGUGGAGAAGGUGGUGCCAGGGUGUGGGCACACCCAGCAGGUAGAGUGCGGGGUCCCUACAGCGCCCUGCCAGCAGCCCUGCGCCAGGCUCUUAGAGUGCAGGCACCAAUGCCAGCAGCGCUGCAGCGAGGACUGCAGCAAGCAGCUGUGCCCGGCAAAGUGCACGGAGACCCUGCAGUGUGGGCACCCCUGCGCGGGCACCUGCGCCGAAUGCCUGCAGGGCAGGCUGCACCGAGGCUGCAGGAGGAAGUGUGGCCGGCUGCUCCUCUGCGGGCACCUGUGCAAGGCCCCCUGCGCCGAGAGCUGCCCGCCCUGCCCCCUGCCGUGCGAUAACCGGUGCUGGCACAGUGUGUGCCCGGGGAGGUGCGGAGAGAUCUGCGAGCCCUGCCAGCAGCCUUGCCCCUGGAGGUGCCCUCACCACCGGUGCAGCCGGCGCUGCUCCGAGGAGUGUGACCGCCCCCGGUGCAGCCUGCCUUGCGAGCGCCCGCUCCCCUGCGGGCACCCCUGCGUGGGUCUGUGCGGGGAGCCCUGCCCCUCCCUGUGCCGUACCUGCCACUGGGAGCAGCUGGGGGGCGAGCCCGGUGCCCGCUUCGUGCUGCUGGAGGACUGCGGCCACAUCCUGGAGGUGGGCGCCCUGGACUGUCUGAUGGACGAGGGCCCGAGGCCCCUGCGUCUCGAGGCCUGCCCCAAGUGCGGGACCCCCAUCCGCUGGAACGGACGCUACGCCGACGCCAUCAAGAGGAGGUGGCGCGGCAUCAACCGGGUGAAGAGCAUCGUCCUGGGCGCUGCGGAGGAGGUGGAGGAGAUGAAGAAGCAGCUGAGGGAUGGUAUCAUCGCGGCCUCCGUUCACCAGCAGUACAAGGAGCAGAGGUACAGCAUUCGCAAGAAGGUGGAGGCUUCACAGUCACUGCCAGGGCUGCAGGCCCUGGGCAGAGCUCUCUGCAUCUUCCAGUUCCUGGACACUGUCCGGAAGCAGGUGAGAGCGUGCCCCCCGCACGAGCAGCUCCACUUGGACAUCAUGCUGACCAGAGUGGACUGCUGGCUCGAUACCAAGGUGGCACCUUUCACCUGGCAGCAGCUGAACGAAUGUAGGAACGAGAUCGCCAGGAUCUCCUGCCUGGCCGAGCUGAAGAGGCUGCAUCAUCACUGGGAGGCUGAGGGAGGCGCCGAGGGGAGGGCACGGGCACUGGCGGAGACCGUUGCCCCCCUCCUCGGGGACCUGACCGGGAAACUGACGGAGGCGACAGAGCAGCGCGUGAGAGGGGCCGCGGAGGAGCUGACGCAGAGCUUCCCCUGUCCGGGGGAGCUGUGGUUCUCUGGGCCUGAGAGGCUCACGGCAAUAGAGGACGUGGUGAAGCAAGACUGGUAUCAGUGCCCAAAAGGCCACCUGUACGCCGUGGAAGAGUGUGGGCAGUCAGGGGACCGCGAGGAGUGUCUGGAGUGUGUGCUGGUGAUGAGCGGAGAGUGAACCCCUCGAAGACAGCAAUGACCCACCCCCCCCCACCCCCAAUUGCUGAAGGGGCUGGCGAUGCCAGUGCUUACCCUCCGUGGGGUCCGAGUCGGGGCAGUAGUCCAGGCUGACAUACCCCAGUGCAGUACCGAGGGAAUGCUGCCCUGUUGGAGGUGCCACCUUUUUGUAGGAGACAUAAUUCCAUCAGCACUUUCAGCUGAAUGCUAAAGAUUCCACAUCUACCACUUUGGCGAAGAUCUGUAAUGUUCUUAAAUACCAUCUCAACAACUAUUCAUCUCUUCGCUAACCUGGCUGCAUCAUCUCAUUUAUUUUGAGUUAUUUUUGAGUUGUGGGCAUCGUUAGCACCCAUCCCUAGUUACCCACCAGAAGGGUGGGUCACCUUUCUCCAGUUGCUGUCGUUCAUGUGGUUAAUGUAGAGACACAGUGCUCAUUUUCCCAACUCCCUGUCCAACAGCAGUGUGAAAGAAGCCGGCUGUUCGCACGAGGAAUAUUGGAAGUUACAGCUCGGUAGAGAAUACAGGACAGAUUCUACCUUCAACUGGCCUUUAAUAAACAGAACUGGAUCUCCACAA